CAAACAUUUUCCUUCUAACUUCUCUUCACCUCAGUGUGUUGCUUCAGCUUCUCGAUUUUUUAUUCCGGCGAAUUCUACGGUCAUGAUGAAUCUAACGCACUCGGGGAGCUGAUGUCAACGCGUUCCAAGCUGCGUUGAAUCGAGACAUCGAAGGUUCUAUGUCGACUUCGCAGUUUUCUGGCACAAACACCGCCUGGGCUAUUGUGUUUCAAGGAAGCAACCAUUCUUCCAGCCAGGCUUUUCUAACUUGGGAGAAUGUGAAUGGGGAUGCUAAUACCAACCUCCAUAGACAGCCCAGCCUAGAAAGUGCUCAGAUGAAGGAGCAACAAGGAUCAGCCUUAGAGAAUGAACGCCAAAAUGGCGUAAAAUGUGCGAAAAAUUCUCAUUUACAACACAACCAGCCUCAGGAUCAUCGUGAAUCAGGUCAACUGUGGGAGAGGCCUCUUCAGGUUUCCCAAACACCUGGGUUGCAGGUUUCUGAGAAGAAUCCUCUUUCUACUAAACCAAAGAGAUCUCAUAAUCAAGAGAGUGAAUCCAUGAAAUUGCAGAAGAUGAGUAGUCAACAGGCCCGUGCAAUGAAACAACCUGUUGACCCUAGAAACCGUGAUCCUAGGAAAGUGUCAUUUUCUGUAUUUCUGCAGACCCUACAGGCCCUAUUGGAUAAAGAUAGGGCAAUGCAGCUCCAUAUCCUGAGUGCUAAGCUCCAGAGAAACGAAAUUUCAAAGGAUGUAUUCGGACGACAUAUGAGAGAUAUUGUAGAUGAUCAAAUUAUGAGGCUGGCAUAUAGGAAACUGCAACAGCCAAAUUCUCAUGCCCGACCUGUGACCUCUCCAGCAGGAGUUACCGUUAAGAGAGCUCCGAAAAAUCGCGUUGUUUGUCAGAAGAAACCACCAAGAAAGAAGCAGAAAGUAACCGGACCAUCUACGAAUCAAAGUAUUGGACAGCUUAAUGGUGUCGCUGCAGUCAGUGGUGUCAAUCUCAGGGAAGUAGAGGAACCCUCUUGGUUGAAAAAUGCGCGAGGCGUCCCGAAGCGCAAAAGAUCCAAAAACCCGAGGCGAAGGCGCACGCCUCAGCCGAUUUCACGGAACAAUGGACGGAAUCUACCUGAGGGUUUCGGUGCAAUUGUUUCUCCACAUGUGCAUUCCGACAAGAGCCUCGAGCGGCGGAUCGACAGCCUGGAACGCAGAGUGGAGAUGCAUAAGAAACUGGUGGAGGAACAACAAGCGAAGAUAGAGAUGCAUGAGAAAUCGUUGGAGGAACAACAAGGAAAGAUAUCCCAUCUCGAGCGGAUCGUGGAGCUGCUACGAAGGGGCCGACCGAUCCCCGCCUCACCUCUUGCAUCACAAGAUACAGGGACAUCUCGGACCUGAAAUUGUGGGACGAUGAAUGUAGAUGAUGAAGAAAUACAUAGUUUGGAGUAGUUGUUCAUAUUUCGGAUAUUUUUUUAAAUUUUUUUUGAAUAUUAAUAUGUAAAACUAUUUGAAUUUUUUGU